AGGGUCCCCGUUGUUUGAAUCGACCUUGGAAAAAACUGGCAUCUCGUUCAGCCUGCAUAAACCUCCCCCAAGCUACUACUACUCCCCGAAAUCUCCAGCGUUUUCCGGCACCGUUAGACCAUAUCCGCCGCCACUCGCCGUCGUUCUCCAGCAUUUCACUAAAUUUUUUUCGUUGAUCUACAAAAGCUGAAGUUUUCAGUUGCAAAAAAAGAGGUGGAGUUUGUUAAUGUUUGAAAUUUGAAAAUGUCAAUGGGAAGCGAGUCUAGUUGGGUUGGGAAGAAACCUGUGAAACGCAUUGGGGGAAUGUCCGAUGCUCUGUCAAUUGCUUCAGAUCUCGGUUUCUCCGUGUCAUCUCUCCCAACCCAUCAGGAAGCACUUCAGAAUCCCUCAACCGCUACUGGUGAGAAGGGUGAGGAUUUGAUCAAGGUUUUAAGAGAACUUACCACAGUCCAAAGGAAAAUUGCAGAUUUGCAAGUCGAACUUCAAGGUCGAAAGGAUGAUAAAAAUGUAGCGCAUUUGACGCAUGUAAGUGAAAUGGAGAAGAAGAUUGAGACGUUGGAAUGGAUUACUACUAUCCUCAAAGAUGUUAUUCAGAAUAAGGACCGCAUAAUAGCUCGCCUGCAGCAACCGUAUUCCCUGGAUUGCAUUCCUGUUGAAGCAGAAUAUCAGAAACAAUUCUCUGAGUUACUGAUGAAGGCAGCUAGUGAUUAUGGUGCCUUGACAGCAUCCGUGGCAGAUUUUCAGUGGAGUCAGAACUUCAAGGAACCUCCUUCAGUUUGGGGGGAAAUGCUUCGACCCAUUCCUGUAGCUUUGGCAUCUUGCACUCGGUUCUUUGAAGCCAUGUCUGCCACAAGAGAGUCAUUUGCAACACUUCAAAAACUAAGAGUGGGUCAUGUUGAUUCCCCUGUGCCUAGGACACCAACCAGUGAUCCUUCCCAAAGACUACCAGGAGUUUCUGAUUCUCUAACUUUACCUCCAUCAGAGUAAUUGUACAACCCGAACAAUCUUGUCUUACUCUCACUCAGUUAAAAAAGAGUGUUGCAUAGUUAUCCAACAUCCACGUAUCUUUUGUGUGAUAUCAUUUCUUCAUUUGUCUGUGCAGAUUAAUUCUUCAUCAUUGCUUUAAAAUUAUGUAUUUGUGAGUUACAGGAACUUGUGAUAAUGUGUGAAUUACUCUCAUAGUUUCAGUGGCCUGGUAUGCUAUAUUAUUAGGGGUUACUGACUUACUGUGCAAUAUAAACUUCGUAGGUUGUUUCUUACAACAUUUGUUGUGUUGAUAA